GCGUGACAGUUUCAAAUUUGAAUUUUCAUUUGAUGAGCAUUAGAUUGAUAUAUCAAUGAACGAAGAAAAUCAACGGCUUUUGCAAUGUUCAUAUUCAGCGGAGAAAAAUCCAUCCGAAUUGAUUCGAUAUAUUGUGACGUUAUUAGAACACCGAAUAACGAAAAAUGAUAAAGACAGACAUACAGGAAUGAUACUGAAUUUCAUUCAGAUAUCGCAAAAUGGAUUUUUAAUUAGAGAUCUAGCGUAUAUUAUUCAAACUAUUGGGGUCUUGUCUGAGAAUCACCACGAUAAUGAUAGCUUUAAAAAAUGUUUGGAACAAUUAUUGAAUAUCUGCAGUAUCCCUCCUUUAUUAACACUGUCCUCGGAUAUCAUUACCUUUGUACCGGACAUGCAAGAAUUUUUUUCAUUUCUUGGAUGUUUGCUCGUCACUAUGAAAGAAGACACCAGAAAAUCUGUGUUGACGGUGGUAUCCAAUCUCUUGAAAAAUCAUGCAGAACAAAAGUGGUAUGCUUCUUUAGAAUUUCGUAGAUCGGCUGCUGGGAAUAGCCAGUUACCAGAAAUUUUGGGACAACUGCUCGCUAGUGCAGAUGACCAGAUUUAUCCUGAUCUCCUACCAUUGCUAAUCAUAUUGACAAAAAACUGUAUGAAUACUCAUAAAAUUAUAAAAACUGACGCUUUGAAUUCCCUUCUGAGAAGAAUUGAACCUACAUGGAGACAACGUUUUCCUGUUACAAAACCUGAACGACCUAACGCUGAAAAUAAAAUAAAUCAUUUCGAAGACACUUUUGUGAUUAUUUGCUCAUUACUUGAUCAUCUGGAAAAACACAGGCAUGAUUUGGAUGGUUUGAAUAAUAUUGAUCGCUUUUCUCUAUGGAACCUUCAGUAUGCAUUCCAAUUUUAUUCUCAAUCCCAGGUGGGCUAUCUAAAUAGAAACAAUGUUGCAGCUCUUAUCUUGAGAAUGAUGAACCUUUUUCCAGAAUCAGAAUUUGUUGUAAGCGGUCUAGCAGAAGACAUAGUUAUAAAUGUUGGUAAAUUAUACAGUUUUCGUGAACCAAGGACCUCUUUCACAUCAAUUAACCAGACGGCAACUGAUGAAGAUUACAAUUAUAUUAAACUCAUACUCAUAAGCAUUCCUAUAAUAGCUAAAUUAGAAGGCGGUCUGAGGAUCUUAGAGAGAGUGCGAAUAAUCUAUCGACUCUUACGAAUUAUAAGCAGACCUGGUCAUCCGGCGCAAUUUCCGAAAGCCCACGGAUGCGUCAUUCAAAUAUUUUGCUGGGAUGUUUUGAAGAAACUGGUACCGUUUCUGGAGGAAGAAUUCAUUGAAAAUUCUGGACCACAUAUUUUGUUGGAGUGCAUGAAAGUAAACAACUUAACAGAAGAAGGUCUCACAAUUCUAGUGAAAUGUUUGGGUGCCAUCAAUUAUAUGCUAAGGUUAGAUCACAAAGGGAUUAUCAUAAAUUCCAUACUGUACAAUGAUGGUAUCAGCAUAUUGCUCAGUUUGUGUGAGAACUUUCUAACAUAUCCAUUCUUCAACGAUCCGGUUCAACAAUGCCUGAAAAAAAUAUUCUCCGCAAUAACAAUGUUGUGCCAAUUCUCCACCAGAGAGAACCCUCAAGUGGUACCCUUGGCACUCAAGUACCUCAGACGCUUCCUGAGCCCAGAACCCGUCGAAACUGUUUACGAUAACAGGAUCCUGAUAUGCCUGAUGGAUUUUAUUUGGGAAAUAAUCGUCAAGUCUGAAAAUUUAUCGCCCGUUUUCAUAAAAGAAGGAGGUGUUCAUUUGAUGCUAGAUAUUGUACAAGUAUUUCCCUUUCCUGUACAAAUGAUCACCCUGGGAGCUCUAGUAGAUCUGUGCGAAGAUGCACACUGCAUACCGUAUUUGAUAACUUGGAUGGGAAAACAAAAAGUCAAGCUAUUGCCACUGUUGAUGAGUGUAUUCAGGGAGGAAAACGAGCAGCUGCAAGUCAAAAUGGACUAUCGCGGAAGAAUAGAAGAUCCAAAAUGUCCUUUGAUGGGAAAAUACCAGUGGAAUCAAACAUUCAAUGGCCAAAAGAAGCUCCACAGCAACCCAACGAUCUCGGAUUUGUUUUUGAGCGCUAGGCCCAAAAUAUAUGCGAUACUGAAUUUGCUCAAUGAGCGAUAUCAAGAAGUAGUUGAAUUGGCCAAUGAACAGUACCAAACUUUCAAUGACAAGCUAUCAGCCAAAGAUCAGAUGACAAUGUUAUUAGCCGACAACUUCUUGGCACUGAAAUUUGGCGAAGCAUGGAAGGAAGUGGAAAUAGAAUUCGACAUCAUCAAUUUUGACCCUACUCAAACAGACAAGAAAAUAAUGUCUAGCUUGCUAAUGAGGGCUGAAAAAUGGGGAGAAUAUUUGAAGGAAACACAGUCUAAAAUUCUCCAACGACAUUACGAAAAUGAAAUGUUAGAAGAGCAAAAGUUGUAUGUUAAAAUAGGAGAAAGUUGUAUUUCCGAAGCCCUAGACGCCGUCACUGAGCUGAAAUACAUUGCCAGAUGUAUUGAACGAAUGUUCCGUAUUUCGGAAAAACACAAACAACACAAUCAAAUAGAAAGGAGUUUGAGAAAGCUCCCUUGCAGUGAAUUCUUGCAUAGGACGUAUCUUUCUGAAAUACGGGCAACUCCUGUAUUCAACUUGACAGUAUCAGUGAAGAGUAAUAUAAUUGAUGAACAAAAGGAAGAGGCUGUCACACCCGUUUCUCCCAUGGAAUCAGUUAUCAAGUUUGAAAGAAAGUCACAGGAUAAAAUAAGGAAUUCCGAAGAACCAAUUCUUUACAUGAAACUCGGUUCAAUAUUUUAUUCAAAAGGUCACUAAAAAUAUUUUGUACACUUAGAAGAAUCAUAAUCUACAUACACCAUUUCAGCGGAGACAAUAUAUUUGAUUUGAAUGUAAAAAUAUUGUUUUCUUGAUACAUUUACAAUAUAGCUAGGAGCUCGGCUAGGAGAUACAUGGAAUUGGGUCAUAAGAUUUACAAUGGGAAAAAAUGCAUCCACUAGUACUAAAUAUGAGUAACUUUUUCAAAAGAGAUUUUUAUCCUCGGAAAAAUCAAGGGCAUUCAAUCUUUUUUUCGAAAAACCUCCAGGAUACAUCCCUUACGUACGACACUGGUAGAGAUAUUAAAAAAUCUUCUGCAUGUAAAAAUGCCUAUUGGUGCUUAGUAGGUGCAUUUCAAAUUUAAUAAAAAUAUCUAUAACGGUAUUGAAGUUGUUCAUCUGUACUUUUCUUCCCAAAAUGAGUUAAGGACUGUAAGGAACCAUAUCCUUUAUUUUCAGACAUCAAUUUAAUUACACCCUGUAUAUAUUUAAUGCAUAAUGCACAUCCUGUAUACUGAAAUUGAACCAAGUACUUAGGCCAAGACUUAGGCUUUCUGGACAGGACCUACCUGUACUGAUUACUACCUUAGUUUUGAAACUUUUUGACAGUAUUGAGAUGUUAAAAAGUAGAUGAACUAGAUAAAGUAGGUACCUAUAUAAGUAUCUCAAUAAGUAUUGAUUCAAUUGAUAUUGAAAAUUAUAUAGAAUACUUAGUUUACAUUCAAAAAUAAAGAAAAACAAACAACAAUAAUAUUUAGAUCAAGGUAUCUUUCUUUGAAUAUGUAUAGGGUACCUAAUAAUUUGGGACUUUCUAAAUAUGUUUAUUUUUUGUUUUCUUUAGACCAUAUCCUGUGGAUCUAUCUCUCUACCAUUUCAGAUUUGGGAUUAUAUCCAGAGAAAGAACAUAUCCUCGAAUUUAAAAACAAGUGGAACAACUGAAAAUGUCAUGCCAGCAUUAAAGGGAGAAUUUCAAUCAUUUCAAUAGUAACAUCCUGAAGUGAUUUAUUUUGCUUCAUUGGGAAGAACCGGGGGGGGGGGAAGGGGGAACAACUUAUACCUACUUCCUACCUAAUUCAUUUUUGUAUUUUAUUCACAGAAUUCUAUAUCUGGCCAUUCAAUAGUAGGUACAAACACUUCAGAUAUUUUAGAUCAUAAUGAAUAUUCAUGAAAUUACUCAUGAAUUUAUGGCCACCUGUAUCAAUAUUCAAUGUUCUACAUUUUGCAGGGGUUUUAAAAAAGUAUUCCAACUGAAAUUAUAUUUUUGAUAUGUUACUAAUUAGAGAUUUCUUACCAGGAAUAUAAAAGAUGGAAUAACAAAGACUAGAAUUCAAACCUCAAAAUAAAUGCUCCAUACUUGAAAAUACUCAAGUUAUUGAGAGAUCAUAGUCAACUAGAAGUUGAUUAUAUUUUUCUUCGUCCUUUCCACUUCCAGAAUUUUUCAGCACAGGAAGUGGUGCUUCUCUAGGUAUAACUGGGAAACAACACCAGAGAAUGAAAGCUAUGAAUGCCACCAAAGUCCCCACAAACAGAAUAAAAUCUUCG